AUGGAUACCGAAGCAGAGAUGAUGUUCGAUGAUAUCGCUAAAACUUACGAAGCCACCUUUGCUCAUGAUCCCAGUCUUCACCAGGUUAUUGACCAGGCGCUGGAUCUGCUUGAGCCCAACUCCCGUGUGCUUGAUGUCGGGUGUGGAACAGGAAAACCCGUGUCUUACAGGCUGGCCGAAGCCGGGCAUGAUGUGAUAGGCAUUGAUAUCUCUCAAAACAUGAUUGAUAUCGCGUCCCGCCAGGUCAAGGGAGCGUUUACGAAAGUCGACAUGACCAAGUACCAGCCUGCAACAAAAUUCCACUGCAUCUUUGCCAUCUUCUCGUUGUUCAACAUAUCCCGUUCCCAGAUACACUCGAUGGUUAGCAAAUUUUUCGAGUGGCUGGAACCAGGAGGCCGGCUUGUCCUCGCUACCAUCCCCAGCGAUUGUUUGUUUCAGGAUCGAUCCAUGUACGACCAAUCCGCCGAAUGGGUUGAUCAGAAGCCCAUGUACUUUAUGGGGCAUGACUUCUGCGGAUCUGCAGCGACAACAGGUGGUUGGAAACAUCUUUUCAGUGACGUGGGAUUCGAGAUUGAGACGGAGUUUUCGUACCAAUUUUCUCCGCCAGACAUCGCGGCACAUAAAAGAGAUCCGGACCAUCACUAUUUCAUCAUUCGACGUGGAAUGAAGCCGUGA